ACGCUCUGCAGCCAUUGUUGAGUGUGAGCUAGCUGAUGUGCUAAAGGCUAACCAAGAAUACUAAGCGGUCUUAACUUAACUUUACGCUCAUAUAAAACAGUUUGAAUCCCCAAAGGACGUUCGAGAGGUUGCCACGUCCACGAUGAGCAAGAGGAAAGCACCGCAGGAAUCUCCCAACGAGGGAAUAACAGACUUUCUUGUCGAGCUGGCCAACUAUGAGAAAAAUGUCAACAGGGCCAUCCACAAGUACAACGCCUACAGGAAAGCAGCAUCUACCAUUUCCAAGUACCCUAACAAGAUCAAGAAUGGGGAAGAGGCCAAGAAACUGGAAGGUGUGGGACAAAAAAUAGCAGAAAAGAUUGAUGAGUUCUUACAAACUGGGACACUACGCAAACUGGAAAAGAUCAGAACUGAUGACACCAGCUCUUCCAUCAAUUUCCUCACCAGAGUAACUGGAAUUGGACCUGCUGCUGCCAGGAAGUUUUUUGAAGAAGGGGUGAAGACACUGGAAGAUCUGAAAAAGAUCGAGAGCAAACUGAACCAUCAUCAACAGAUUGGACUCAAGUACUUUGAGGAGUUUGAGAAAAGGAUCCCUCGUGCUGAAAUGGAAAAGAUGGAGACUCUGAUUCGCAGAGAGUUGAAGAAAGUUGGUGAAGAAUAUAUUGGAACAAUCUGUGGAAGUUACAGGAGAGGUGCUGCCUCGAGUGGUGAUAUUGAUAUUUUGCUGACACAUCCAGACUACACCUCUGAGACUGAGAAACAGCCCAAGCUCCUCCAUGACAUGGUCAGUCAUUUUGAGUCCACAGGGUUUGUGACCGACACUCUCUCCAAGGGAGACACCAAGUUCAUGGGAGUCUGCCAACUGCAGAAGAGUGAUGAUGAUGAUGAUGAGGAAGAAGAAUACCUUCACAGGCGUAUUGAUAUCAGGUUAAUUCCUAAAGACCAGUACUACUGUGGAGUCCUGUAUUUCACUGGAAGUGAUAUCUUCAAUAAAAAUAUGAGAACUCAUGCCCUGGAGAAAGGUUUCACCCUUAACGAGUACACCAUCCGACCACUGGGGGUCACUGGUGUGGCUGGGGAGCCUCUUCUGGUGGACAGUGAGAGAGACAUCUUUGAUUACAUCCAGUACAAAUACAGAGAGCCAAAGGAACGCAGCCAGUGAAGUUGCAGUUACAUCUGUAUUAAAGGCUACAAGAUCAGAAGCAUGCGUACACAAAUGUGUGUUCGUCUUUCAUGUACCAUUCAGCAAUGUUAGAGAUGUCACUGAUGUUAUGAAAACAACUGUGAACGUCAUUUACUCACUUGUUUUGGACAAUUUUUAUCUUGAAAGCUUAUGGGCUUUAAAGAAAAUGUCAGUAAGGUUUUUAAUUAGGCUCAACUGUAAUUUAUUUUGUUUACAUAACCUAAGAAGAUUGUUCUUAAAGAGGCCUGGAUUCUGAUACAGUUUGAACUCAACCAUCAUAAACAGUGAGGACCUCUGUCAUCUCCACAAUCAGGACAGUUGUGAUGUGUAAUACUUUGGCUUGGCUGUGAAAAUGUGGUUUAAUGUGUAGUUAUUACACAUGCAAAUGAGAUCGUCUCAUUCACCAUGAAAAUGCGUGUGUGUGUGUGGGGGGGGGGUUACACAUGUAAUAAUUCUCUACUAUUUUGGGCUAGUUAACAAAUAUUAGAAGAAUAAUGUUUCAUCAAUUGAUGCAGUUUCUAGUUGUAUUGAUACAUUUUGAACAAAUUGGAAGAAUACACAUUUUCUCAGGUUUUGAUUUAUAUGUGAAAAGGGCUGUUACAUGUUGUACAAGUUUGUGUGAAAACCAUUACGUGUAGGGAAUUGUGUGAUCCAGUUUUCCGGGGGGCAUUUAACAGCAGUAAACAAAAGUAAAACAGCUAACAGGCAACAGGAAUGCAGCUACAGAGUAACUUCAGGUACAUAUUUUAAUAUGCACCACAAACCUUGAAUGUUAGGAUAAGGACUUGAAGUCAAUUUUUAAUGUGGGUGGUUGUAUUUUAGUUCAAAAAGUAUUUAAGAAAAAACGAUGCCAAUGAGUGGGUUUUUAACGUCUUUUUAUGAACGAGUCAAAUAAAAGGGUUGCUCAAA